GUUUUAGUUUGGAUUUGUAAACCUACUAGCAACAAUUGUCAGCAAAAUGAGUAAUGAAUUCAAACAGGGGAGUAGUAGUGCAACCCUAGCUGCGGUGAACGGUCAGAACAACCCAACGCAGGGUGUUGCGACGCCACAACAGAAAACCGUCGGACGUGUCCAGGGUUCUACACCAUCCGGUUCUAUUUCAAAUCCAGUAACUACCCAGAGCGUAGCACCUCAAUUUGCUGUUGCCACACCGCACAAUGUAACGCAUAACGCUAAUCCAGAGGUGCUAUCCGUUUUCGAAUGCCCAGUUUGCAUGGAUUACAUGAUGCCACCUUAUCUGCAGUGCCAGAGUGGUCACCUUGUAUGCGGUAAUUGCCGUCCCAAACUAACAUGCUGCCCUACCUGCAGGGGUCCAGUUCCAAGUGUCCGAAAUUUGGUAUUGGAAAAGAUUGCAAACACCGUUAUGUUCCCCUGUAAAUUUGCUGGUUCAGGCUGUCCGCUUACAUUUUCACACGUUGAAAAAGUGGAGCACGAGGAGCUUUGUGAAUUCCGCCCAUAUUGUUGCCCUUGUCCCGGGGCAUCAUGCAAGUGGCAGGGAAGCCUCUCGGAAGUUAUGGGACAUCUUAUGAAAGUCCACAAGUCUAUUACUACUCUACAAGGUGAAGAUAUCGUCUUUUUGGCUACUGACAUCAACUUACCUGGUGCUGUAGACUGGGUAAUGAUGCAGUCUUGUUUUGGUUAUCACUUUAUGCUCGUGCUAGAAAAACAAGAGAAGUUCCAGGAUGGCAAUCAGAUGUUCUAUGCUGUUGUACAACUGAUUGGCGCUAAAAAGGAAUCUGAAAAUUUCAUGUAUCGGCUUGAAUUAGCGACACAUCGGCGUCGUUUUAGCUGGGAGGCGUCCCCACGUAGCAUACAUGAGGGUGUGGCACAUGCAAUAUCUCUCUCAGAUUGUAUGGCAUUUGAUAGCCAGACGGCCCAGUUGUUUGCCGAAAAUGGUAAUCUUGGUAUCAAUGUUACGAUAUCCAUGGUUUGAACUUGUUCAAAGCUAAGCCGUUAUUUGAUGUCAUGUUGAUGGCGAUAGUGAUGGAAGGAAAGAUUAGAACUUGGGGAGAGGAAGGUUCAGUACGACAUAUAUUUAUGAAUUUAUGGUUCCAGUUACUAUUAAUAGCAGCGACAGUAUUUACAAAUAUUCUUAACAACAGUUUCAGUACAGCUUAGCGCAUGUAAAACUAUCUCCAGAAGCAA